AUGGCCAGCACAGCGGCCGGGACGAAACGGAAAGUCGGCGGCGAAGACGGCGGUGCGGCGCUGUCGGCCCCGAAACGCCGCUUGAAGAAGCAUGUGCCCUUCCGAGAAAGCGAGUCGAUCUGGGAGCGCGCGAAGCCCUACCUGUUAGCUGUCGGUAAGCUGCACGUCGAUGUACUGGAUACAACAUGGAGCACCGGCAGGAACCGCCACGUCGAGCCGGGCCACGUUCGGGAGCUGACGGAGGUCUUCAUGAAGGGCGGCCUUGAACACCUCAACAUCAAACUGCGCGUCAACCGCAGAGACCCAAGCCUUCCGGACAAUCAUGGGCAGAUCUGGAACCAUCUGGUGUCAAUCGCGUCAGUCGCAGCGGGUUCUAUCACAGGUAGCCAAGUGACCGUUGACUAUAGGCUUGUCGAGGCUCUCCGUCUCGGCAGCGAGAAGAGUUUUCCGACACGCCGGCUCGUUACGCUUUGGAACCACGAAGGGUGGAGGGAAAUCACGACGCGCUGGUGCCAGACCCGUCUGGGGCUUGAGACCUUCAACAUCUCCACCUUCGAGUCGAUGGCCGGCCUUCGGAUUGACGAAUACUGGUUUGCGACGAUGAGGACCGUGCUGGCCACGCUCGAGGCCCUGCCCCUCGACGAGACGCAGGACCUCGGACUGGAAGAUUGGAGUCGUCUGGCAUCUGGGCUACAAGGUGGCAAGGAGACCAGCGGGACGGCCGCAGCCAGGACGUCGACCACACAGGAUGUGGUCGAAGCUGUCUUCUUCACCGGCAAUGGCCACCGCCGCGUGGCCGGCCUCCUGGACACCUUGGACGAUGCUAUGUACAGGGGGGUUUGUCGGGCCGUCUGGAACGGGACGGAUCUUCGCUUCGCAGACUUGAAGCGGUUCCUCCGCAACAGGAGGCCGGAUAUGGAGGCCGCCGUCCGAGCGCUGCAGCAUGUCAUCGGUUGGGUAGACCGCGCAAGCGCAGUCGAACUCGAAAGUGUGAAUCCCAAGUUGGAGAACAAGCCGCAGCUGCUAGAGCAUCUGCAAGACGCCCUCGACAGCCUCAGCUCGUCCAGGGGGGAUCCGAGCGGCUUCUCCGCAAACACAGCACCGCGUCUGCAGCAGCAAGUCCUAGACUUUGCCCGAUGCGACGCCAAAGCCUUCCGGACACCAGAGGCACAGUCCCUCCUCGCCAGCUCGAUCACCCACGUUGACGACCUAACGUACGGGAAUCGGUUCGAGAACGCGUCAUGGGCACGUCUCCUACGAGUUGUCCGGCAUACUGUUGACCCUCAAGAUGGGACGCACAUCCUCCGGCCUGCAUGGGAAACGGUGAAGACCAACGAGGCGUGCCUCCGCGAGGCGCAGGUGUCAACGCUUGUGUCUGCUUUCUGCUCUGAUCUCAUCCGGCUGAGCGAUCAGCCAAUACGAAAGAAGGAUACUAUGCUUCUCGCCCUCCAGCGGCGGAUCGAAAAGGUCCUAGCAGUAUCCGCAAGCGAGCUGCAAGUAAUCGGUCUAGCCAGCGUAGUCUCAUCAAACAAGCCAGCUCAGCAUCGUCCCGCUAACAGCGAUGACGAAAACGACAGAGGGGACGACAACGACGACGACGACGACGACGACGAUAGCUGCGGGCUGCAAAUAAUCAGAUGCCCUCAGGGCGUUAAGUGA